UUCGCUUUUUCUUUCUUUCUCUUCCGUGUUUCGCUUUUUAGGAAUGGCGCUGAGUGACCGCUUUGCAGCGCUGUGUGGUCGCCUGACCGACAUGGGCUCCACCGUUAGCAUUGACGCACUGUUGGACGCAAUUCAAGUUCUCUAUGACGAAUGCAACACUGCGGGCAUCAAGCGCACGACCAAUGUCCCAGAAUUCCUUGCCAAGUAUAACAAACCCCUCAACGAAGUGACGGGCUUGCGCCCAAACCGCGCCGACUUUGAGACGGUCAAGAUCAUUGGACGCGGCGCGUUCGGCGAGGUGCACCUCGUCAAGGACAAGCACUCUGGCAACACGUACGCCAUGAAGUGCCUGUCCAAGUUUGAGAUGCUCAAGCGCUCAGACACGGCCUUCUACUGGCAAGAGCGCGAUGUGAUGGCGGCAUCCAACACGCCGUGGAUUAUUUCGCUGCACUACGCCUUCCAGGACGAAAAGUACCUGUACCUCGUCAUGGACUUUGUGCCUGGUGGCGAUCUCGUCACCAUUCUCUCCAAGUACGACUUUACCGAAGACAUGACGCGCUUCUACAUGGCUGAAACAGUGCUUGCCGUCGACGCGCUGCACCAACUCGGCUACAUUCACCGCGACAUCAAGCCAGACAACAUGCUGCUCGACGCGUCUGGACACGUCAAACUGGCCGAUUUCGGUACGUGCAUCAAGGUUGGCAAGGACGGCCUGGUUCGCUCCGACAGCGCUAUCGGCACGCCCGAUUACAUUUCGCCCGAGGUUCUCGAGUCCCAAAACGGCGCUGGUGUGUAUGGUGGCGAGUGCGAUUGGUGGUCUGUCGGUAUCAUGCUGUUCGAGUUGCUUUACGGCGAGACCCCGUUCUACUCUGAGUCGCUUCUGGGCACCUACGGUCAAAUCAUGAACCACCAGAAACACCUCAAGUUCCCAUCCGAGCCAGCCGUGUCGGCCGAUGCAAUCGACCUCAUGAAAAAGCUCAUUUGCUCGCGCGACGUCCGCCUCGGCAAAACUUCCAUUGCAGACAUCAAGUCUCACCCAUUCUUCAAGGGCAUUUCGUGGGACACGCUGCGCGACCAAAAGCCGCCAGUCGUCCCCGAGGUCAAGUCCAACGUGGACACGUCCAACUUUGAGGAUAUUGAUGAGGAGCAUACGCACAACGAGCACUUCCCGGCCCCAAAGACCUUCUCUGGCAACCACUUGCCGUUCGUUGGCUACACCUUUGCUCGUAGCAACCGCUUCAAGGUUGUCGGUGCUGAUGGCACUGAGAUUGCGCGCCCUGCAGCGCCAAUCGCGAUUGCUGCGCCUGCCUCGGCAAGCGGCGGCGGUGCGGAGGAUGAGCUGGUGGCUCAAAUUGAGGCGCUCGAACGCGAAAAGGCGCGCUUCAAGUCCGAGUUUGACUCGCUGCAAAAGAAGUUUGACCUCGAAAUCGAGGCCCGAAAGCUUGCGGAGACGGAGCUCAAGGCCAACUCGCGCAAGACGGAUCGAUCUGCUCGAGAGCAAGAGUCUGCCAUGCGCCUGAUGAAGGAGCUCGAAAAGACCAACCAAGACCUUGAAAAGACCGUUGCUGUCAGCAAGCUGGAAGUCAAAGAGGCCAAUCGACUCGUGGAGGAGGCCACCAAGUCCAAGAAGCGCUUGCAAUCCGAGCUGGAGCAACUGCGCGAAAACGCCGGCGACCUCUCGCGCGAGCGCGAGUACAAGAAGCAGCUCGACGAGGCCAAGAAGCAGCUGUCCGAGGCGCGCGAGACCAUGGCGGACGAGUUGGACGAGCUCAAGUCGCAGUUCACCCGCGCGUCCGACCAGAACAAGACGCUGCAAUCUGCCAAGACCGACCUUGAGAAGGAGCUUGCCAUUGCGCAGAUUGAGCUCAAGGAGGCGACGGCCAAACUGUCCACUGCGUCCUCGAACAGUGCCGACGGCGACAAGCGUGCCGAGGAAGCCGAAAAGGCUCUGGCUGCGCUUCGAUCGCAGGUUGCCUCGCUGACGGACAGUGUCAAGUCGCUCACGGACAAGGCGAGCGCUUCGAGUGCCGAACUCGAGACGGCCAAGGCCAGCCUUGCAACCCAGCAGCGCGAGCGUCAGUCGCUGCAAGAAGAGCUGGCAGCUGUCGAGAAGGCCAAGGCCAUGGCGAUUGUCGAUCAGCGCAACGCCGAGGACAAGCUCAAGCGUGCCGAGGAGGAGCUCGAGAGCCUGCGCGUCGCACACCGCAAGAAGCUUGAUCGCAGCGACAGCGAGAUUGCCGAGUCGCAAGCGCACGUCAAGGAGGUUGAGGCCUUGAAAUCCGAGGUUGCUCGCAUUCAAUCCCUGUACGAUCAACAGCGCAAUGCUGUGAGCGAGUUGGAGCGCAAGCUGUCCAUCUCGGCUCUCGAUCUCAAGGAGGCAGAGCGACAGCACGAGAAGGCCGUCAAGGCUCACAAGGAGGCCGAAGCUGAGAUUGAGACGCUCAAGGCCAAGGUGGAUGCCAAGCACACGGAGGCGGUCGAUGCGCGCGAAAAGCUGCGCGAACUGGAAUCUAGCAAGGCCAUUUCCACCGAGCGCGUGACUUCCCUGACGUCGCAGCUCGAGCAGGAGCGCGCCACUCACCGCGAGCUCCAGACCCUGUACAACUCGCUCGCCAAGUCGAACGUGACCACCCAGAUCGAAGUCAAGGAAGUUUCCCGCAAGCUCGCGGCUGCCGAGGCUGCCAACCAAGGCUCCGAUGCCAAGCUCGCCGACCUUACUGCCAAGUUGGAGGAGAAGACGCGUCGCGUCACCCAGGUGGAGGCUCUUGUAUCGGAGGCUGAGCUGGCUCGCGAUGGAUUCAAGGCUAAGUUUGAGGAUUCCAAGUCCAAGCUCGACGGCGACGUUGAGGCUCUCGCCGAGCUGCAGAGCAAAUUUGCAGAGGCUGAAAAGAACUUGUCCUUGCUGCAGAUCGAGGUCAAGGGCGAAACCACGCGCGCCAACAACGCCGAAAAGUCGCUGGCCGACGCCCAAGCGAGUGCUGCUGCUAGCGUUGCCGAGCUUCAGGAGCAGGUGGCUCAACAGACCACUGUCAAGGAAAGCUUGGAGGCCGAGCGUGCCCGACUGGACGCCCUCGUCAAUGAGGCCAAGAACCAAGAGCACCUCCUGCAGGAAGAAGUGGCUGCUGGCAAGAAGCGCCUCGUCGAAGAGAAGCGCGCCAAAGAGCAAAUCAUCAUCCAGAGCACCCAGAAGGAGAGUGCGCUCAAUCUUGCUCUCGAGAAGCUCAGCAAGAUGCCCGCAUCCGGCAAAUCCGACAGCAAGGCACCAGACUCGCGCUAUGCCGAGAAGAAGCAGACUCGCUCCACGGAGUUCCGAAACCUCGAGAAACUGUUGCAAGAAGAACGCCAGCUCACCACCAAGCUCAAGAUGCAAACAGACACAAAGGAGUUUGAGAUCCAGGAGCUGCGCCAUCAACUCGAUGAGCUCACGGCGCAAUUCGAGCAGUUCAACGAGCAGCUGGCAAACAGCGCGUUGGGCGACAACAUGUCGGUCGCAUCGUUGAGUCUUCCCGAGCCAGGUGACACACGGAUGUCUAUGCGCGCCUCGUCUGUUAGUCUCAGCGCUGGCUCUCGUCGCAAGUCAUUCGACGGUCGCAGUCUGGAAGGAUGGCUCAAGACACCCAAGGACCCCAAGAAUCUCAAGAAGGGUGGCUGGAUUAAGCGCUAUGUUGUCGUCUCGAGCUAUGAUGAGGAGAAGGGCAAGGGCAGCGAGCCGCUGUCCAUUAUUGAUCUUUCUGACGUCAUCUUGGUUCGCAAGGUGACCCAAGCAGACGUCAUCCAUGCGUCGCAAUCGGAGGUUGACUGCAUCUUCCAGAUGCUCUACAAGAAGCAGGGCGAGCUCACCGCCGCCUCGAGCAAGCCCGUCUUUUCCGAUCCCAAUGAAAAGUUCCAUCCUUCCCGAGGGCACGAGUUUGUUUCGACUCACUUCUCCAAGCCUACCUGGUGCUUGCUCUGCAAGGGCUUUAUCUACGGCAUUGGCAAGCAGGGAUAUUGCUGCCGAAAGUGCAACUAUGUGUCACAUCGCAAGUGCUACACCGAUGUGGCGCCGUGCAUGUCGGAUGUGGAGGCAACCCAACUGCUCUUCAUGGGCAGCUCGGUCCAGGAUCGCGACCGUUGGAUUUCGGGAUGCUCGGCCAGCAAGACAACCCCGUCCCUCUCACCCACAGGCUCGCGCAAGAGCAUUGCACCAUCAGCGGCCCAGCUGGCUGCCGUUGAUGCUGCUGUUGCAGGAGCAAGCACGCUUGCUGUUCCGCGAUGAGCGAUGAUGAGCGUGAUGUAUUUUUGUUUUUCUUCUUCUUGGAAGGAUUUUUUUUUUCCUUGCAUCGGUUUUGUGUGUGUUUGUGCUUGUUGCUCUCAGCUGUUUUUUUCCCCGUUCUUUCUCUAUUCUUGGUUCCAAUACAUUUGCGAUUUAUUCGGCGCCCG